UCACGCUGCUGUACUUAUGCAGAGUUAUAACAAACGAAGCCGUGCUGCUUGUGUACACGAGAGAAAACACCAUGUGGCUCUGAAUCACGUUCAGGCACUACAAACACACGGAAGAUCCUUCUGCAGAUUGCCCACAGGCCACAACACUCCAACCACCAUUACAGUCGCUAUCCCAGAUCAGUUGUACACCACUACACCCCCAAGGCCCCAAAGCCAGCAGCCCAGCACCCAGCAGGCUGCAGGCCCUGCUGCCGGUUCCCCAGGCCGCCAACCCGACCCUCGUUUCCGCACACGCUUCCCAUUAUAAACCCGCCAACCCAACCCCCGCCUCAUUUACGCCUCCGCAUUGGCCAUCGCCACCGGCUUCACCGAGCUUGUCGCGUCGUCUCUCGGCGUUGCUCCGCCUACGAUCCGCGCAUGGCCAAGCGCCUCUUCCACUCCUGCCGCUCGCCCUCCGCCGCCGCAGCAGUCACCCCGACGACCACCCUCCUUCGCGGCGAGCACCCACCCGUCGUCCCGUCCCCCGCGGGCGGGGCGUGCUGCCCGCGCCGCGCGCCUCGGCGGCGGCGGCCCCAGCCACCGGCAUCCUGCGGCGCCGGGGGCUGCGCCGUGGACUGCGGCGCCGAUGAACUCCCCCCGGCGCGUGGCACGCCCGCGUACCGGUGGCUGAAGAGUUCCCGGUGGCACGUCAUCGAGGCCGCGAACGCGUACGCCUCCGACGGGGACGGCGACGACACGCCCCGCCUCAAGAUCGACGCGCGGCGCCGGGUGCGGCACUCGCGCCGGCGGCGGCGCAGGGCGCUCCACCGGAGGGCGGCGGGACCCGCGAGCUGGUCGUCGGGCGACAGCGGGUGGUUCAGCAGCGACGACGGCGACGAGCCGUUCGGGACGGAGUCGUCGUCGGCGCUGCCGGUGGCGUCGACCACGACGACCGAGUCCUCGUCGACGGGCGCGAGCGGGAACAGCGCCGGCGCCGGCGCCGCGAGGCGGCAGGAGGAGGAGGAGGAGGAGGCGGCCGCGGUGGCCGGGGGCUUCGCGGUUGUGAAGCGCUCCGACGACCCGCGCGGCGACUUCCGGCGGUCCAUGGCGGAGAUGGUCGUCGGGCGCGGCAUCUACGACGCCGACGGCCUGGAGCGCUUGCUUCGGUGCUUCCUGGCGCUCAACGACCGGCGCCACCGCCGGGACAUCGUGGCGGCGUUCGGCGACGUCUGGGAGGCCGUCUUCUCCAACCCGCCGCCCUCCCACUCCCACGCCGCCGCUGCCGCGGCCUCCCACGCUUCAAGCUGCAAGGCCGCCGCAGCCGCCGUGCCUCAUCCCUAGACCAACGUGCUUAUGACACACGUACUAGGAUUUAUCAAGUGAAGCAACAAUGUAGAAAAUGCGAUUAAUAUGUAUAUGUAGUCGUCUGUAAAUUACCUUUUCUUGUUCGGGUUCACGGCUCCGGCUGCUUUCGCCCUCCUGCAUGCUAGAUUGCUAGCUCCCCUCUUUUCAGCUACGGAAAUUGGCGUCACGACUCGGAUGCCUGAUCUUGAUGUGAUGUGA